AUGGCCCCACGAACCUCCCUCGCCGCCCGCCCCGCCGGCAAAACAACAGCAGGAAAAGGCAUCAAAACAAAAGCUCCGCGUCGCAGUUCCACAGGCGCAGUAAAGCAAUCCCGUCGCUACAAACCCGGCACCGUCGCCCUCCGCGAAAUCAGAAAGUACCAGCGCAGUACAGAUCUGUUGAUCUUGAAGUUGCCGUUUGCUAGAUUGGUGAGAUGCCACACCCUUUCCUUUGGAGUGAAAGCUUGA